AGAACUCAUGAUGUCCUCAGAAUGUAAACAGCACUGAUGUACUUUGGAGCUGACUGUUGACCAGAGUUGACGCUUUCCACUGCUUUCCCAUUUUGUCCAAAAUGACUUUACAGGGAAUCAUGAAGACAAAAAUAUACGUGCUUCUUCUAAUCUGUGUGCUAGUGGAGGAACACUGCGAAGCGAAGGUGUUUGUCUCCCCCCAGUCCGCCAGCUCAGUUCUGCAGAGGCACAAACGCUACAACAAGGGUUUUAUGGAGGAGAUGCUGCCUGGUAACCUGGAGCGCGAGUGCCUGGAAGAGAAGUGCACCUUCGAGGAGGCGCGCGAGAUGGAGUUUUGGAACCCAUAUGUUGAUGGUGAUCAGUGUGUCAAGCAGCCCUGUCAAAAUGGGGCCAUCUGUAAGGAUGGCAUUGGCACUUAUGCUUGCUGGUGUCUCCCUGGCUUUGACGGCAGGGACUGUGAGAUAGAGAUUGCCAGACGAUGCAAUCUGGAAAAUGGCGGCUGCAUGCACUUCUGCUCCCAAGCCUCCCCACAAAAUGUGAAGUGCUCCUGUGCAGCGGGAUACAAGCUGGGGGAGGACGGGAGGGCCUGUGAACCGGCAGUGCCGUUCCCCUGUGGUGCAUUGGGAGUCAAGGUGAGCAGUACGAGCAACAAAUACAUGCGUUACAUCCCUGCUGUGGAGGAAGUGCAGAGCCCUGGCCUGAGCAAUGACACUGAGUACAACACCACCGUCAUCAAGACCCCCAUCAACACCUCCACCCCCACCCCCACACCAUACCCCAUCAUCCGGCCCCAGCAGAACGACAAUAUUCGCAUUGUGGGAGGGAGUGCCUGCCAGCCUGGAGAGAUACCUUGGCAGGUCGUCAUGAUCAACACCGACACAAAAGAGUGGUACUGUGGGGGCUCCAUCCUCAAUGAGCGCUGGAUCAUCACGGCAGCCCACUGCUUCAUUACAAGGGUUGAAACCACCAUCGUCGCGGGUGAGCACGAUAUGUACAAGAAUGAGGGGACAGAGAGCUACCACAGCAUUGCAGAGAUCCUCCCGCACCCUUUAUAUGACAGCAAGAAGAGCCUCUACAACCACGACCUGGCACUGGUGCGGCUCAAGGAGCCCAUCACCUUCAGCGAGCACGCGCUGCCCGUGUGCCUGGGGCCCCAGGACUUCAUCCAAAAGGUGAUGAGUGAGGAGGACAGCGGCGUGGUGAGCGGCUGGGGCAGGUUGGUGCAGGGAGGGCGGCCGGCCUCGGUGCUGCAGAAAGUGAGCGUGCCCUACGUGGAGCGCCGCUCCUGCAAAGAGUCCAGCAACAAAGACGUCUCCAAAUUCAUGUUCUGCGCCGGCUUCUACGAGGGGGGCCAGGACUCCUGCCAGGGGGACAGCGGGGGCCCCCACACCACCAAGUACAAAGGCAUCUCGUUCCUGACUGGCAUUGUGAGUUGGGGGGAGGGCUGUGCCUCUAAAGGCAAGUACGGCAUUUACACCAUGGUGGCGCGCUACUACAAAUGGAUCACAGAUGAAAUCAAAAAGUAAAGGGGCCUCAGGAUGUACCUUUACCGCCAUCUCCCAGCUAUUGUCAAUACAUUGUUUGAUGUCACUUUAAAAAAAAACAUGUAAUUACAUUGUAACAAGUGCAUCAUUACAGAUGGUUCCUGGCUUU